AUGACGGGCAGCAACAGCAUAAGCAGUGGCUACUGCAGUCUGGACGAGGAGGGCGAAGACUUCACCUUCUUCACCGCAAAGACCUCCUUCUUCCGCCAGCCCAAAAAGCUGGUUAAGCAGAAUGAGGUCAAAGAGGAAGAGGAGGGAGGGACCAAGGCUCUGUCAGAGGAAGAGUUGCGGGCCAGGAUAGAGGACUUCAACUCUACGGUCUCAGAGAAUGGCAUGAAACUGGGUGCUGAUGGUUUGUACACUGGCUUCAUUGAGGCGGGAUUAGACGGACAGGCGGGCCAGGCGGAAAGACACGGUCGGCCAAUGAUGGUGUCAGAGGGCCAGGAGGGGGAAGGAGCAGGGUUGAGUGAGAAGCGGACGUCGUUCUACCUGCCCAGUGAUUGUGUGAAACAGAUCCACAUCAGUAGUACUACCACGGUUAAGGAGGUCAUACAGGGCCUGCUGAAGAAGUUUAUGGUGCUGGAUAACCCACACAAGUUUGCCCUGUACAGACAGACACACCGUGAUGGACAGGACCUGUUCCAGAAGCUUCCUCUUGUGGAGUGUCCUCUCGCUCUGAGACUGGUGGUGGGUCCAGAUCCUGAGCUGCUUAGCUUUGUCCUCAAGGAGAAUGAGACCGAAGAGGUAGCGUGGCAUGCGUUCUCGAUUCCUGAACUGCAGAACUUCCUGGUGAUUCUGGAGAAGGAGGAGGCGGAGCGUGUGCGAUUGGUGGAGAAGAGAUUCACAGCCUACCGACAGAGCUUGCAGAAGGCACUACAGGAGCAUCAACCCUGACCCCUCACCCUUGACCCCUCAUCUCUCACUCUGACCUUUCAACCCUCACCCCUCUGUUGACCCAGGGAGAGACAGGAACCCACUCAGGCUUACAGACUCCUAUUCUCCCCUCAGGACACGGUCAGCUCCUCCCUCACUCCUCACAUCCCCUCUGGAGAAGAGAGGUGGGGUUAAGAAAGGAUGGAAAGGGAAAAAGGGACUGUUUGAAGGAUGAGUGGACAGGAUGCUGGAACAAAAGAAGUGUGUGUAUCCCUGGGAGUAAAAAGACACUGAACUGAAUGACCCUCUGACUUCUUUGGGCUCAGAUAUCUCGGUUUGAUCUGACAAUCUGACCUGAUGGGUCUUCUAAUGUUACAUUGAAUCUCAGUUUGGUCUGAUAAUGUGUUUAAGAUUCUACUGCUGCUGCUGCUACUGCAAGUGUUACUUACGCAUGAGUCUCAACUUUCUCUAUCUGCCCCAGUGCCCAUGCAUAAAGAUUUAGGACUAGAACAGACAUUACUAUUCAAAGCAACGCUCCAUGGUGGGUGGACCAUUUGGAAUGUUCCAUUACUUGAUAUUUAUGAUAUCAACUCUCAUGUUGUCCCUGCAUGCCAUCUUAUCCAGG